UCUAGGUUAACAUCAUUGUUUACGACACACAAAAACACAAUAUUAUUGUGUCUGUGUGUUAUUAUCAAGUGUGUCAUAAAUGUCAUAAUAAAAAACAAUUAAAUUCUCCAUUAAACUUCAAUAAUAAAUAUCAAAAAAAUGAUGAACAAAAAUGUAAAUUCACCAACAAAAAUGACAGAAUUUGCUCCAUUAAAUUCUGAAGAAAAUCAACCAGUUGUUAGUUCAUUAUUUUCAAAAAUAUUUAAUUUUGGUAAAAAUACAAGUAAUAACAAUAAUCCUGAUUGUUCAACAAGUUCACCAAAAGAUGAUGAACAAAGUUCAUCUGGUGAUUCAGAAUCAUGGAAACAAACAGAUAGUAGAGAAAAAACACCAGAUGAUGACAGUUCAACAAGUAGUCUAGCAUCAACAUUUCCAGUUGGUUCAAAUGAAGGUAGAAGUUUACCAAAUGUUUUAAAAAGAAUAAGUAAUAUUGUUGCAUCAAAAAGUAGUAAUUUAAAAUCAUACAAAGAUUCACAAUUAAGAAGUUAUUGGAUGCCAGAUAAUGUUGCUAAACAAUGUUAUGAAUGUAGUGAAAGAUUUACGACAUUUAGGAGAAGACAUCAUUGUCGUGUUUGUGGACAAAUUUUUUGUUCAAAAUGUUGCUCUGAUGAAAUACCUGGUAAAAUCAUGGGAGUCACUGGUGAUCUCAGAGUUUGUACAUAUUGUUGUAAAGUUGUACUGUCUUAUCUUCAAUCAUCUGACAUGCGAAGUGUUCUAUCAGCAGAUUUAAAAGCUCUUCAAGAAGAUCUAGAAAGUAAAUAUGGUAGUGAAAUUCUUCCUACAGCACCAAUAAAUUUAAGUGACAUAUCAAAAGACGAAACAAGAGUAUAUAGAAAACCAAGUGUUGGAUAUAUGGAAGAAAAAUAUGCAAUACGUCGUUCAUCAGGUGGUUAUUUAUCAUCAGAAGAACGAUCAAUGGUUUUACAAAAUUCAGCAUCAUUAAGAUUAAUUUGUGAAGAAUUAUUUCGUUCUUGUCAUCCAAUAAAUUUACAAACUCAUCGUGUACGUUUAAAAAAUUAUUACAAUUGUUUUAUUGGUAGUGAAUUAGUUAAUUGGUUAAUAUCACAAAAUAAAGCAUCAACAAGAAUUCAAGCAACAGCUAUUGGACAAGCAUUAUUUGAAGGUGGUUUUAUUGAAUCUUGUUUAUCAGAAAGUUUAUUUAGUGAUACAAAUGCAAUAUUUAAACCAGUUAAUUUAACUAAAAUACAAUGUCCAAAUUAUUUUGAUGAUACACAAUCAAUAUGUGAUUCACAAGAACCAGCAUGGGUUACAAAUAUACCACAGCAUGAUUCAACAACUGAUUCAGAAAGUGAAAAUGCAAAACAUUAUCAUCGUUUACCAUCAUCAGGUUCAAGUUAUUAUUUAAGUUUAAAUGUUCAAUCAUCAACAGUAACAUUAAAACGUCCAUUAACAUCUGAAGAUUUUGCUACGACAUUUAGUCAUCCACUUGAUAAUGGAAUUGAACAACAACAACAACAACAACCACAAAGAGAUACAACAAAUUCACAUGAAUGUCAAUCAAAAGGUAGUGUUUCUGAUGAAUUAUUAAAUGACAGUUUACAAGUUGAAGUUAAAGAAAGAAAUAGUUGGCAUAAAGUUAAUAAUUUAGAAAAUUCACUUGGUGAAAUGAGUGCAUAUAAUAAUUUAAUGAUUGCAUAUAAACAACAUGAAGAAUCAUUGAUAAAACAGUUGUUAAAUAAUGAAGGUUUAUCACAGAGCUGGUCAGAAAUAAUAUUACCAUUGGCACAUCAAAUAAUUGAUCAAGUUAGACCACAUCAAAAUCAUGAUGUUGAUGAUAUGAUGGAUAUUAGAGAAUAUGUACAAAUUAAAAAAUCACCAGGUGGUAAUAGAAAUGAUUGUCAAAUUAUUUCUGGUGUUGUAUGUUCUAAAAAUGUUGCACAUCGUGGUAUGGAUGCAAUGAUUGCACAUCCAAAAAUAUUACUUUUACAAUGUGGUUUAAUGUAUCAACGUGUUGAGGGUAAAUUAUUAAGUUUAGAACCAGUUAUGUUACAAGAAAAUGAAUAUUUAGGACAUACAGUUGCUCGAAUAACAGCACUUGGUCCUGAUGUUGUUUUAGUACAUAAAUCUGUAUCAAGACUUGCACAAGAUAGAUUUAGACAAUGUGGUGUUACACUUGUAUUAAAUGUUAAAUUAUCAGUACUUGAAAGAGUUGCUAGAUGUACUGGAGGUACAAUUGUCAAUACAAUUGAUGCACAUUUAGCAACAAGAUAUAAACUCGGUACAUGUAAAAAAUUUUAUCUUAGAAAUUUUCCAAAUGAUAAAAAUGGCAUUAAAACAUUUAUGUAUUUUGAAAAUUGUGCUAAUGCACAUUUAGGAUCAACAAUAUUAUUGAGAGGUGGUACUAUUGCUGAACUUAAAAAAGUUAAAAAAGUAACAUCAACAAUUAUAUUCUCAGCUUAUUCAUGGAGAUUAGAAAAAUCAUUUCUCAUGGAUGAAUUUGCAAAACCUCCUAGUCAAUCUGAAAAUACAUUUCUCGAUGAAACAAAUCAAAAAACAUUUACAACAACAACAAAUUCAAAUACACAAAUUGAUGAAAAAGAUAAUAAAAAAAUAAUAACUGAUGUUAAUAUUAAUAAUAAAGAAUCAAUUGAAGAAAAUAAAAAUGAAUUUUCAAAUGAUACAGAAGUAUUUAAAAAAGUAAAUGAAAUUUUGCAUCAUGAUUCUGAUCCAUAUGAUACAUUAAAAUUAUUUAAAUCUCGUGGAAAAUCAUCAAUUGAUUAUUCAAAUGAUUCAAAAUCAUUGGAUAAUAAAGAAACGUUAUCUGCUGAUUCAAAUGAUGAUUCAGCUAUUAAUAAUCAGCUAAAUUUAGAAUUAGUUAAUGAAACAAAACAAGAAACAAAACAAAAAUUAAGAGAAAAAACAUCAUCAGAAGAAAAAAGAGUACAUGGAAAAUCAGUGAGUGAUCAUAGUGAUCCUCUUCAUCAGUAUCUCAUUGAAAAUGAAACUGAUGUUUUUCGUCAAAUAAGUCCAACUGAUCAAAGCCUGAGUGUUGCAGAUUUACCAUUGUCAAAUAAAUUUAAAAAUUCUCUAAAUGAUACAAUACUAAGUUUUUCACCGUAUUUAAAAUUUACAAUUCCAUAUUUAGAAACAGAAACAGGCAGAAAUUGUAUACUACGUCGUUUUUUUCCAUCAGAAAUAUAUUAUUCAGCUCAAUUUGAAGAAAAAAAAAUUGAGGGUACAAAAUACAUGAAUAGUGUAACAAUUGAUCAACAGACUGAAAAACCUAUGAAAAAAUUAAUUAAUUUAAAACCAAGACAUCCAUUUACAAUGGCAAAAUUAACAUCAAAUGUUGAAUCAAAAGAAGUUCAAGCUUUAUUAGCAAAUUUUCGUGCAUGUGGUGGUCGUUUAGCACCAACAGAUAAUGUUUUAUUAGAAGAAAAUGAAAUAAAUCAACCAAAUGAAAUAAUAAAAAUUUUAGAUUGUUUAGAUUCAAUGUAUCAUCAAAGAUUAUCUGUUUUAUUUUGUAGUUUUGCUUAUAAUAUUAAUAAUGCACCAGCAUCAUUUUGUGUUAAUCCAUGGAUAAUAAAUAUGGAUUUAUAUGGAAAAAAUGAUAUUGCAUUGGGUAAAUUUCUUGAACGUUAUUGUCUAACAUCUGAUUAUAAAUGUCCAGAGGCAUCAUGUAAUGCUCAAUUAUCACAACACGGUAGAAGAUUUACUCAUGAUGGUGGUUGUGUACAAAUAACAUUAAAAGAAAUAUCAAAUAAUCCAUUUGGAUCUGAAUAUAUUGAUCAAAUUCUCAUGUGGUCAAAAUGCAUUGAAUGUAAAAAUAUAUCACCAGUUGUACCAAUGUCAUCAGACACAUGGUCAUUGUCAUUUGCAAAAUAUCUUGAAUUACGUUUUCAUGGUAAUAUAUAUACAAAUCGUAGCUCAGAUAAUUGUCAACAUUCAUUACAUCAUAAUUAUUAUCAAUAUUUUUCACGUAAAAAUAUGCUUGCAAUAUUUAAAUAUACAAAAAUUAAACAAUUAGAAAUAUCAUUACCACCACCAAUGAUUAAUAUUAAUUAUGAUGAAAAACAACAUGUUAAUAUUAUUGAAGAAGUUAAAAGUAUUGCAUUAAAAGGUGAUGAAGUAUUUACAAUUAUUAAAGAACAAGUACAAACAUUACAAUUAGAUAGUGAUAGUUUAUCAUCAGUUAAACAACAAAUAAUUAAAGAACAAAUGUUAUUUAAAAAUAAAAUUGAAGAAAUUCAUAUUAAAUUAACAUCACCAACAACAACAUCAACAACAAUGGAAAACAAAAAAUUACAUAUACAAAAUUCAAUGAUUAAAAUUGAGGAUGGUUUAGUUAAUUUAAAAAGACUUAUAUCAGAUGCUGUAUCAAGUUGGAAUACAAGAAUAUUAGAAAUUGCUGCUAAAAAAAAAGAUGAUAGACCAAGAAAAUUUACUGAACGUUCAAUAACAAGUAGUAUUAUUGAUCAAGAUGGUUAUAUUACUGAAGAUACUGCAUCUGAAUCACAAAUGGAAGAUUUAAGUCCAAUGUCAACUGAUAAUGCAAUUGAUGCAAUAUCAAUAGCAGCAAUACAAAAUGAUGUACAUAAUGAUGUACUUGAAAGUUCAGAUAAUGAAAUAUCAGAUAUACAAAAUCCAGCUGAUAUUAUUGUUAUACAAGGCUCACCAAAAUUUAAUCAUCAACGUUCAUAUUCAGAUGUUAUGUCAAUUAAUUCAGAUGAUCAACCAGAUCGUCGUAAAAAAAAAAAAACAUUAUUAUCAUUAUUAUCAUCAGCAACAACAGUAACACCAAUAACAAAUCCACUUGGUUUACUUGAGCAUCAUUUAUUAUCAUUAAGUACAGAUAUUCCAAUAGUUGUUUAUGAAUCUGAGCCAUCAUCAAUAAUUGCUUAUGCUCUUGCAACACACAGUUAUCGUCAAGCACUACAAGAUAUUGUACAAAAAAAUUAUAAAUUAAUUGAUAAUAAUAAUAUUGCCUGUUCUAGUCCAUUAAAUAAAAGAAAAAAUCAUCAAGAUAAUUGUAGUAAUAAAGACAACACAAAUGAUUCAGUUGGUGAAUUAAAAAAAACAUUAAAAUUAACAUUUAAUAAAAGAGGUAAUAGUCCAAGUCCAAUGGAAAUUGAUAAUAAAAGUCAAAAUUUAACAAUGACUGAUGGACAAACACAAAGUAAUCAAACAGCUCAAGAUAAUGAUGAUGAUAAAAAAAAUAUUAAACAACAAAAUUAUAUUGAAGUACAAUUUGAUGAUGAAACAACUGAUUUUUAUUGUCGUAUUUAUUUUGCUGCACAAUUUUCAGCAUUAAGAGAUAAUGUAUUGACAUGUGGUGAGGAUGGUUUUAUAAGAAGUCUUUGUAGAAGUGUACAAUGGGCAGCAAGAGGUGGUAAAAGUGGUAGUGGAUUUUGUAAAAGUCGUGAUGAUCGUUUUAUAUUAAAAGAAAUGUCACGUACUGAGUUACAAAUAUUUUUAGAAUUUGCAUCAAAUUAUUUUUCAUAUAUGGAAAAAUGUCAAAAAACAAAACAGCCAACAUUAUUGGGUAAAAUAAUUGGUGUUUAUAGAGUAUCAUUUAAAAAUAAUACAACAAAUUCAGCAUUAAGAACAAGUGUACUUGUCAUGGAAAAUUUAUUUUACAAUAGAAUAAUAAAAGAUAAAUUUGAUUUAAAAGGUUCAAUUAGAAAUAGGCUUGUUAAUCCAGAUGAUAUUGAUCAUGAGGGUGAAUUAGUAUUGAUGGAUGAAAAUUUAUUAAAUAUGAGCUGUGAUUCACCAUUAUAUAUACGUCCACAUUCAAAAGCCGUAUUAAAUAAAGCUAUUGAUAAAGAUACAGAAUUUUUAGCUGAUAAUUCAGUUAUGGAUUAUUCAUUGCUUGUUGGACUUGAGCCAAAAAGUGGUGAACUUGUACUUGGUAUUAUUGAUUAUAUAAGAACAUUUACAUGGGAUAAAAAACUUGAAACAAUGGUUAAAAAAACUGGUAUACUUGGUGGUCAAGGUAAACAACCGACAAUUGUUUCACCUGAAGAAUAUAGAACAAGAUUUAUUUCAGCAAUGCAUAGAUAUUUUUUACCUGUACCAGAUAGAUGGACAGGAUUGGGACGUGGUGUUGUAUCACCAGAUAAAUAAUUUUUUUUUUUUUUUUUUAACAUUUAUUAUUUGUUAAUAUACUUGUGUUAAUA